AUUUCUCUAUAUCAGCGCUUAAAAAGGUUCAAUUUAUGUUUUAUUUAUGUUACUUGCCGCUUUAUUUAGUGGUGACCGCAUACAUAAUUAUUGCAUUUGUUCAGAUCUAGCAGCUGGUUAUAAGCCAUCAGGACAUCUUUUCGCUGUAGUCAUGAAUAAUUUUUAACUCUCUCUUAUUGUUUCUGUGUAUCAAGGUUUUCUUGCGUUUUGUUAUUAAGAUUUUUCAUUGGCAAAAUGACCAGAUUUAGUGAAGCCACUGUGUACUGCGUAAUACUGCCGGCUUUGCUCUUAGCGCAGUGUUGUCUCAUCCAAGGACAAAAUUUUACCGAGCUGUGUAAGUCGCGUGUUCCCCUAUCCAAUACCGGUGGCACCUGGAAUUUCCUGGAGGAUAUCGGAGAAUGCAUUUUUAUUGCCAGUGCCUCCAGUACAUGGGAAAACGCCGAACUGGAAUGUCUGCGGCGUGGAGCCCAUUUGGCCGUGCUUAAUCCCAGCAAUACUCCUGCUCUCAAUGCCUUGAUCAACUCGGUCGCACCCGGUUCAUCGGUUCCCUACUACAUCGGUCUACGUGUAUCUGACCUUAACUUGGGCGAGUACACUUGGGUGGAUUUUUCCCCAUUAACCUAUUCCAACUGGGCGCCGAAUCAGCCGUCCAGCAUAAGCGAUCACAAUACCGAUUACUGCGUCACGAUGGACUCUACGAGCGGUAAAUGGUCCGACCGGAUCUGUUCCUCGAAUACCCGCUAUUUCUGCCAACGCAAGCCGUAUGAUGAUCACGGUGUCCCGUCAAUACCGACACGUGAUCCCCUGGGGAGACAUGGCGGCUGCAAAGAAGGAUGGGUUUCAUUUGGACCGCAAUGCUAUUACAUUUCCUCAACGGAUCAGGCUACCACCUGGGCGGAAGCACUGGAAAGUUGCCGCGAUGGAGCGACUACAAUGAAAAACGCCAGUCUGGCAUCCGUUCUAGCAUCGGUCGAGAAUGAUUUUCUCAUUACUCAACUGAAAGGUCGCGCAACAGAUCCGACCCACAUGAAUUACAAUGGCGUGUGGCUGGGGCUGCAUGAAACAGGGCGAGAUAUUUUCGAAUGGUCCGACCACAGCCGUUACGUGUACAAUAACUGGCAUUAUAAUUAUCCACGCUAUAAUUUUCAGCUGGAAUGCAUUUCUAUGAUGACAGAAAGCAAUAAAGUUGGCCGGUGGACAGAUUUGGAGUGUACAAAACGACUUCCUUAUGUUUGUAAAGCUCCCAAAGACUUUGAUUUGCCCGAGCACCAGACACCUCCCACCAUUUGCGGCAGUACUUACGAACAAUACGAUGAUGUGUGUUUCAAAGUGAUUGCGUUGCCUAACGAAGCACAGCGUACCUGGUCCCAUGCUCAGCAACUGUGUAGUCUUCAGCCCGGCGAAAACGUUCCCGCUGGUGGCGGUGGUUUGGCGACCAUUGCCGACGUCUACGAAAACGCUUUUGUUCGCAUCUUAGUCGACAAGGCUGCUGCUCAGGCAGCCAAUCCAGGAUUAGAUCUAUCGUUUCUCAAGACGAAAGCCUGGUUGGGAAUGCGCGAAGAAUACGGUAACUACCGAUGGCAGAAUAAUUGUCCGGUACGCUUUACCAAUAUGGAUUCCUUGGUGGGUAACGCGCAAGAAAACCUGUGCGUUGACAUGAACCUAGACGGUAAAUGGCAUCCUCACAACUGUUCGCUAUCCGAAGUACGAUUUGCCGUUUGCGAACGCCGACUCGUUCCUUGCCCGAGCAUUCCGACCGAACGUCCAGAAAUUUGUCCAGAAAACUUUCCACAGGCUUGCGCGCAUCACUGCUACACGUCGCGCAGCAUUAUCCAACACCUAAACCAAAGCGAGCUGGCGACCUUUGACGAAGCACGCAGCAAAUGUAUUGCAUUAGGCGGCGAUCUGGCCACUAUCAGAACCAAAGAAGACCAGGAUUGCGUUCAUCCGUUUGUCCAGUACGCGGAGAUGGGCAUGUGGAUGGGAUUACGCAACAAAGCCGGUGGCGCUGGAGCCAGUGGUAUUUGGCAAUGGAUUGAUCAGUACGAAAACGCCGAACCGACAACCUAUGUUAACUGGAUGACUGGUGAACCCAAUAUGUUUGGCGCGUCUUGCGGAGAGAUGUAUCCGAAUGGGUUUUGGAACGAUGCAGGUUGUUACGAACGCCGAGGGUAUAUUUGUCAGGCCGCCAGAAAUCGCACGGCGCCAGUAACACAACCAACUCGACCACCAGGACCGCCUUGUGGAGAACAGCCUACUGACGGAUCGGGCACCUGGUAUUAUUUGGAAAGCGUACGCGAGUGCAUUUUCGUUGCCACGAGGAUCGAGACCUUCGAAAAUGCAGAAUUGGCCUGCAGGCAACGACGAUCUGGUCUGGUAGUGGUGAACAAUGAAAUUCAACCACUGAUAACCGAAAUCCUCAAGAACACUUCCGGUAUGCUCCCGGGAACCCCUCAGUUUUUUAUUGGCCUACGCAUAACCAAUGUUGACUUGGGCGAGUACACGUGGUUGGAUGGUCGACCGAUUGUUGGUGGUUUUACUAACUGGGCUCCCAAUCAGCCAGCAUCUGAGCAAAACCAAAAGAACUGCGUGAUAAUGUCUGGAAUGGAUGGCAAGUGGGCCAGUGAACGAUGUGGAACCUACACAAAAUAUAUAUGCCAAAGGCCGGCACACGGUGACCGACCACCGCCGGUGCGACCGACCAGACCAAGUGACGGUUCACACGCAGGUUGUGCUAGCGGCUGGGUCCCUUUCGGUCCCAACUGCUAUUUUCUGUCUGUUGACCGGCAGACGUAUACCUGGGCAGAAGCACUGUCCACCUGCACAUUCGGAGAAUUCGGGCAUCAAAUGCGGAACUCCAGCUUAGUAUCCAUUUUGAGUGGUAUAGAGAAUGACUUCAUCGUGACUUUGUUGAAAAAUCGAAAAUAUAAUGUCUGGAUUGGACUCCAUGAGGUUGAGCCCAAUGUAUUCGAAUGGUCGGACCAUCAUACUUAUCGCUAUAACAAUUGGCAUUAUCAAUAUCCUCGUGACACCGCAGGCUGGGGGCUGGAAUGCAUCAACAUGCUUGUGGAUCCGAGAACAGUUGGGCGCUGGACAGAUCUGAGCUGCCAAGCACGAGGAGGAUAUAUCUGCAAAGCCCCUAAAGAUUUUGCCAUGAAGCCUUAUGAACCGCCACCAACAAACUGCAGCGCGGGUUAUCAACCUUACGGAGAUGCAUGCUUCCAGGUGGUUCAUCUGGAACGGGAUGGAGAGCAUACAUGGUCGCAUGCGGAACAGCAAUGCAGACCGUCCGCGAUGGAAAACUGGCCGGGAGGUGGUGGAUUGGCUACUAUUUCGGACGUGUACGAAAAUGCAUUUGUCCGUGUCCUGGUGGACGAGGCAAUAAGAUUCGGUCGGCCAGGGCAGGAUUUUCGUUCACCAAAAGCUUGGCUGGGUAUGCGGGAAGAAUACGGGCAUUAUUCUUGGUACAACCAGUGCCCGGCACAUUUUACCAACCUCGAUAGCUUAAUCGGAGAUGAGAAUUCUACCCUGUGUGUGGAUAUGGACUUGGAGGGAGGAUGGCACGCCCACGGAUGCUCUGACCGUGACGUCAGGAUGGCAGUCUGUGAACGUCGGUUUGUGCCUUGCCCGAAAAUUAACAGUACCACAUCGGAGACGGUUGUCUGUCCAAAAGAAUUUCCGCUUGCCUGCGGAAAUCACUGUUAUUUCGUACGUACCAUCCAACAGCACAACAACCAGACCGACCAGACCGUGCUUGUCACCUUUAACGAGGCCCGUGCGACCUGUCUUGCUAUGGGUGGCGAUCUCGUAUCCAUCCGGUCGGAAGAGCAGCAGAAAUGUGUGCGGCCAUUCGCACAAUACUCGAUAGAAGGUUUGUGGAUAGGUUUGCGCAAUCUUGACUUGAACAGUAGCCCAUCGGAUACGAGCAAAUGGGUGUGGACUGACCGCGAUAACAACACUGAACCAGCCCUCUAUGCCAAUUGGUACCUUGGAGAACCAACAUCUGGUGGGUCGGAACGCUGCGCGGAAAUGUACCCAGACAAUGGAUAUUGGAACAAUUUGAGAUGCGACGCCGAUGUCAAGCGGGGAUAUAUUUGCCAAGCUGACAGAAGCCGGGUAGUUAUGGUCACCGGGAGCACGAUUCCUCCCACAACUGUGUCGGAGUCCGUUGGUGGUAGCAGCAGCGCUGUCACUGGGCCUUCAACAUCUCAGACCACAAAAGGCAAUAGCAUCGCAACGGGCACCAUUCAUCCAUCUCUUCCCACAGCAGCAGGCACCGGCACAACACGAGAUUUCGGUGGAGUAGUUUCCUCGACAGCUUCGCCAGAGGAGACCGGAUUGGCCGGAGGAUCCAUUGCCGGAAUUGUCAUCGGUGUCCUAUUAGGCGUAGCACUGCUGUGUGCCGUUGCUUUUGUAGUUUUAACAGGAAGAACCGGAUUAGUAAUAGCCACCGCCAAGAGUACCGGAUCUCGCGUUACUAGUCGAUGGAGAAAAGGAUCUGAUGCUGACCGCAUACCAGUGGUGGAUAUGCAUCACCGUUUUGAUGCCAGCGAUUCUUAUACUUGAGCGCUUUCUGUUCAAACCUCGUCACUUGUGGUAUUUAGAAUUGUUGCAUAUUUUAAUUAAUAAAUAAUUUUGAAAACAUACUGGGGAUAUAGUUUUAGAUUAGUGUUUGUCUAUUUUUACAUUUCCCGUUGCAUCCUCGUCUCUGCUUUUAGAAAAUUUGAAGUUAAAUAGAAUUAGCAAAGCUAAUUCCGGUUAACGCAGUGGAAGCGAUUGCAAGGCUGGACGACUUGGUUGACCAGUGUCCAGCCAAGAAAACCCAUUAGGGUGUGUCUUGGGAUGCAUAUUUCGAUGCUGUAUUAAAAGCAAUGCAGUUUCGGUUGUGGAUGUUUCAUGUGUAGUGAUUGUGCAUUUCUUUUAGUGCAUUUCAGUUCCUGUUGUGUUGGAGUAAAGGUUGUUUUCGUGUAACAAGUCGUUCUUCCCUCCCGCCCACCCCCUUUGGAGAGGAGA